AAAGAAAUUGAAGCCCGGCAAAAAGUCAGUCGAAAGUUUAUGCAAAUUUUUUUAUUAUUGUUGUCGUUAUCGUUUGUUCGUGAAGUGAAAUAUAUAUAAUUUAUAAAUAAAGUUUUAAACAAAUCACCCAAAUACAGCAGCAGAACAAGAAGAAAACGUCACAAUUCAAGACUUGACGUCAUCCAAACAUGAUCUGGCGAACACCAACCACAAUGGCAUCUAGGGGACAGUUACUAGUAUUGCCAUUGCUGCUCUCGCUCCUUGCCAGCCACUCAUCCCUCAUCCAGCUGAGCUGGGCCAAAACCGUUUCAGUAUCGGAUACGGAGCAAUUGAUGCCAGAGCCGCGUGCCUACUCACCGGAUGCGCAACAUUUGGAUUUUGUCUAUCAUGAUCAUGAGGAGCUCACGCGAUUCCUAAGAGCCACCAGUGCCCGGUAUCCGAAUCUAACGGCUCUCUAUUCCAUUGGCAAAUCGAUUCAGGGACGCGAUCUGUGGGUCAUGGUGGUCAGCUCGUCACCGUAUGAGCAUUUGGUUGGCAAGCCGGAUGUCAAAUAUGUUGGUAACAUUCAUGGCAACGAGCCGGUGGGUCGAGAGAUGCUUUUGCAUCUCAUCCAGUACUUUGUAACGAGCUAUAAUACGGAUCAAUAUGUUAAAUGGCUAUUGGAUAAUACACGCAUACACAUCUUGCCAACGAUGAAUCCCGAUGGCUAUGCCGUUUCCAAAGAGGGCACCUGUGAUGGUGGUCAGGGCAGGUAUAAUGCUCGCGGCUUUGAUUUGAAUCGCAAUUUCCCCGAUUACUUUAAGCAGAAUAACAAACGUGGACAACCCGAAACGGAUGCCGUCAAGGAUUGGAUAUCAAAGAUACAAUUUGUAUUGAGCGGCAGUCUGCAUGGUGGGGCCUUGGUGGCCAGUUAUCCAUAUGAUAAUACCCCCAAUUCUAGGCUGCUCAAAGGAAUUUGCCGUUCGUCCGCACUGUGCGCGAUGUUCCAGACCUAUUCGGCAGGCCCAUCCCUAACGCCCGAUGAUGAUGUAUUCAAGCAUUUGUCUCUCGUCUAUGCCCGCAAUCAUGCCAAAAUGUCCAGAGGCGUGGCCUGCAAGUCGGCGACUCCGGCCUUUGAGAAUGGGAUCACAAAUGGCGCCGCUUGGUAUCCUCUGACUGGCGGCAUGCAGGAUUACAAUUAUGUUUGGUAUGGUUGCAUGGAGAUCACUCUAGAGAUAUCCUGCUGCAAAUUUCCACCAGCCUAUGAGCUCAAGAAAUACUGGGAGGACAAUCAAUUGUCUUUAAUCAAAUUCCUGGCCGAGGCUCAUCGUGGUGUUCAGGGAUUUGUCUUCGAUCCGGCGGGCAUGCCCAUCGAACGGGCCUCCAUUAAGAUUAAGGGUCGUGAUGUUGGCUUCCAGACAACCAAAUAUGGUGAAUUUUGGCGCAUUUUAUUGCCCGGCUACUACAAAGUGGAAGUGUUUGCCGAGGGCUAUGCCCCACGUGAGGUGGAAUUUGUGAUUGUCGAACAGCAUCCCACAUUGCUUAAUGUGACUCUGCAACCCUCAAAGUACCUGCUGCCAGCAUCGUCUGCCUCUUCCUCCUCACCCGUGGUCAGCCAGCAACAGCAGCAGCAGCGUCAAGUGAAUGGCAAGCUGCAGUUUCCACCCACUGAUUAGACUAAUUAACACUUUUGGAUUUUGAAUGAAUGGCGUGUAAAUAGUAGAGCUACUAAACAUUAAACUAACUAACUACACCCGCCCCCUUUAUUCACUAUCUCUCUGCUCUCUUCAUUGUGCUGCAUUCCUUUUAACAAAAAAUGUUGCCCUUAUCUCACACUUCCCCCUCACACUAGUCUAGUUUUUAAGGGUUUCCUAUUGUAAGUUCAAGUUAAAAACAAUUAGAAAAUACAUAUACCUGGCCAAAAUGGACACACACACACACACACACACGUAAUCUCCGAUGUAUGUAUACAAUCUAUUUGAUUUCUCCUAUGCAGCGCCUCGAGGGUAUCGCCCCGGCCGGAGGCCCCUCAUUCUAUGGUAGGCCAAUUC